AUGGGAAAGGUCGAGGUAUUGUUAGGUGAGAUGACUCGGAAGAAUGUAAUGCGAAAUGGUCAAACAUGUACUUUUCCGGUGGAGGCAUUCAGCAAGGAGGGGAAGAUUUCUCAAGCAAAGCAUCUCUUUGACGCUCUGAUCCCAACUGGUAUGGAGCCUGACAGAAUCACGUACAACUCGUUGAUGGAUGGCGAUUGCCUCCAAGGUCGUGUGGAUGAUGCAAGUAAUCUAUUUGAUCUCAUGGCUGAACGGGACUGUCCUGCUGAUGUGAUCACUUAUAACAUAUUGAUCAAUGGGUACGGAAAGGUAAAAAGAGUGGAUGAAUCUAUUCCAAGAAAUGCAAGAGAAAGGUUUGACUCCAAAUGUGUAUUGACAUAUAGUACUCUUGUUGGCGGGUUCUGUCACAUGGGGAACAUUCAGGCUGCUGUAUGGUUUCUCCUUGAGAGGCACUUAGUUGGUCAUCGUCCAGAUCUUCAAACUCAGAGUUCGGUAUCGGAAGCCACACCUGGCAGCAAGCAAAUGAAAAACAUGCUAGGCCUUGUCUUCCAGAAUGCUUUGCUCACAGGGAAUAACCUUCUGCUAAGGUGCCAGAGAUCGAUAAAGAGACGAGACGUUCAAUCGAACGAUGUGAUGCAAGUUUCUCAGAGCAAAAUUCGGUCUGAUUUCCAAUUCUUCAACCACAAGUCCCACUUUUCAGGCUUAUGCCACCUUUACCUUUGGAGAGAAGCCAACUUUUGGUUUCAACAGAUGAUGAUCGAGGGCAUCGAGGCAGAUGUCGUAACUUAUACCUCCGUGGUUCAUGCUCUUUGCAACUCAGGAUGUUGGGAAGAGGUCGAGGUAUUGUUAGGUGAGAUGAUCCGGAGGAAUAUAAUGCCAAAUGUUCAAACAUGUGCUACUCUAGUCGAUGCAUUCUGUAAGGAUGGGAAGAUUUCUCAAGCAGAGUGCAUCUUUGCCAUGAUAAUCCGAAGUGGUACGGAGCCUGACAGAAUCACGUAUAACUCGUUGAUGGAUGGCUAUUGCCUCCAAGGUUUUGUGGAUGAUGCGCGUAAUCUAUUUGAUCUCAUGGCUGAAUGA